ACACACACACAAAGACUGUCCUGACCAUGACCAGUACCCCAGUAGAGUCGGUUAGUGUCAGUGUCUGGAAUAUAUAGAUUGAAGCACACCAGAAAACAGAGACGCAAAGCAAAGCAAUAACGCAAUGGCGGAGUUUGAAGUGAAGAACAAGCAAGUGUUGUUCAACAACUAUGUCGAAGGCUUUCCCAAAGAGUCGGACAUGAUCGUUACCGAUGCUUCCACCAUCAGACUCAAAGUUCCGGCAGAUGCUCCCAAUUCCGUUUUGCUCAAGAACCUCUACUUGUCCUGCGAUCCAGUCAUGCGCAUCCUCAUGAGGAAACCUGGAGACGAAACUUCAUCUUAUUUUACGCCCUAUGCCCCUGGCUCCCCUUUGAGUGGGUAUGGAGUGGGUGAAGUUGUAGAUUCUGGGCACCCAGACUUUAAGGAAGGUGACCUUGUCUGGGGAACAACCAAAUGGGAACACUACACCUUAAUCACGCAACCAGAAAGCCUCCAUAAGAUCCAACACGCUGACGUUCCUCUUUCCUACUAUACCGGUAUACUUGGUAUGCCUGGGAUGACCGCCUAUGCAGGCUUCAAUGAAGUUUGUUCUCCUAAGAAGGGAGAAUAUGUCUUCAUUUCAGCGGCAUCAGGUGCCGUUGGUCAGCUGGUUGGACAAUUAGCAAAAUUGUUGGGUUGUUAUGUCGUUGGAAGUGCUGGAAGUAAAGAAAAGGUUGACCUUUUGAAGAAUAAGUUAAAUUUUGAUGAAGCUUUCAACUAUAAGGAAGAGCAUGACUUAACCGCAGCUCUGAAAAGGUAUUUUCCAGAAGGCAUUGACAUAUACUUUGAGAAUGUUGGUGGAAAAUUUCUGGAUGCAGUCCUGCUCAACAUGAGAGUCCACGGCCGGAUUGCAGUGUGUGGAAUGAUUUCACAAUACCAUCUUGAAAAGCCUGAAGGUGUGACAAAUUUGAUGUGCCUUGUAUACAAGCGGAUUCAUAUGCAAGGAUUUACAGUCCGCGAUUACUAUCACCUCUAUCCCAAGUACCUGGACUAUAUUCUGCCUUGCAUAAGAGAGGGAAAGGUGAUAUACUUGGAAGACAUUGCUAAAGGCCUUGAGAAUGGACCAUCAGCGUUGGUAGGACUCUUUAGUGGUCACAAUGUUGGCAAACAACUAGUUUCAAUUUCCCACCAGUAAGUAACGUACUGAGUUUGUUGGCCUUUCCCUGUACUUGUGUUGUAUAUCUUGCUUGUUCCAAGUAUGUUUAACAUGAAAUAAAAUUUGUGAGGUUAUGCUUGAA